AUGAGAAACAAAACAAAAAGAGAUAUUAGAAUACAAUUUCGGUUACAUACUACUACUACUACUACUACUACUACUGCCACUACUACUACUACUACUACUACUACUACUACCACUACUACUACUACUACUACUACUACUACUACUACUACUACUACCACUACUACUGCUACUACUACUACUACUACUACUACUACUAUAGAUGAUAACACAUAA